AGGUGGAGCUGAGCGGAGGUGGGUUCACUGCUCUCCUGUGUGUGGAUGGGAGCUGUGCUGAAACAAAGAGGUGCAUGGAGCUGACAAAACCACAACUUCACUAAGAGUGGAUUUUGACAAGCCUUUGGCCCCCCAACAUGCUCCCAGAUAUUCUCUAUCAUGGCUUCAUUCCCACUGUGCUGCUGCUUUUUCAAGUUCAGCAGGGUGCCUCCAUGCUGGAGAUCCACAGUAGCAAUGAGAACAUUUUGAAGAUCAGCUCAGCAGCAGAGAUGAUGCAGUGCUCAGCAGCCUUGGACAUCCUCUUCCUCAUGGAUGGUUCCUACAGUGUGGGAAAGGGAAGCUUUGAAAGGUCCAAACAUUACGCCAUCAAAGUCUGUGAAGCGCUUGACAUCGGACCGGACAAGGUGCGUGUUGGAUUCAUCCAGUUUGGCUCAGUUCCUCGGUUGGAGUUGCCAUUGAAUUCAUACACUACCAAGCACGAGCUGUUGAUGCGGGUGAAGAAGAUUUAUUACAGGGGCGGCGGCACCCAGACCGGCCUGGCUUUGAAGUACGUGCUCAGGAAAGGUUUCCCAGGCGGCCGCAACUCCUCCGCCGUGGCCCGCGUCGCCAUCCUUUUAUCAGAUGGGAUGUCACAGGGCAACAUCGAACAAGCUGCUACGCAGCUCAGAGAGGAAGGCGUUGUCUUAUUUGCUGUCGGCGUGCGCUACCCGAGGUGGGAGGAGCUUCAUGCCCUAGCCAGCAAACCGAUGGAGAGCCAUGUUUUCUUUGCUGAGCACUUCCAUGAUGCUGUCAAUGGCUUGUACACAACACUCACCACCACUUCUCUAUGCAACGCCACACCUGCAGGCUGUCAGGUGGAGGCGUUCUCCUGCACAAGAAAUACACUGGAGACAGUGAAGGAACUGCAGGGGAAUUUCAUGUGUUGGAAAGGCUCCAGAGGGUAUUCCCCGUACACUGCUCUCUGUCCAUACUACAGGCACAAAAAGGCCUACAAGAGGCAUGGGACCAUUUGCCAUCGGACCAUCUGUCCUGACCCCUGUGAUUCACACCCGUGUCUGAACGGAGGAACGUGCGUCCCAGAAAAUGCAGACAGCUACAUUUGUGUGUGUCCACCUGGCUUUGGAGGAGACCCUCAUUGUGCUCCCGCUUUUUCAUUAGAUUGUUCAGUGGACCUGCUUUUCCUUGUGGAGGGCUCCGACGCACUCACCUUGGAGGGCUUCCUGCGCCUCAAGGCCUUCUUAAAGCGAUUCCUGCAGAAUGUCAUCGGCCCCGACACACCCAGCAAAGUCGGCCUGGCGGUGUUCGGCGGAGACGCUCGCGUCACGUCGCCGGUGGGCAAAUUCAAAGGGGAUCUUAAGGGUCUGCUUAAGGCCGUUGACGCUGUGGAAUUCGUGGGAGGCCAGACCAAGACAGGUCAGGCGCUUCGAUACAUCACGCUCAACGGCUUUGUGAGCGCGCCUGUGUUCGCCGAUGUCAGCGACGACCUCCCGCGAGUGGUGGUGUUGCUCAGCGGCACACCUUCUGCGGAUGACGUGCUGGAGCCAUCCAAGUACGCAUUGGAUCAAGAAGUCUUCAUCAUAGCGAUGGGACCGGAAAGCUUGAAGGGACAGCUCGAUAACAUGACAGGAAACCCUCAAAGGACCCUCACUUACAGGUCUCCUGACAAGCUGGGUGCCAAAAUCCCUGAACUCAAGGCCAAGAUAUGCAGUGUUGAUACACAAGGUUGCCUUGGCCAAGCUGUUGACUUGGUCUUCGCCUUAGACGCCUCAGGUGGCGUCAGCCCCAACAACUUUGUUGUCCUGCGCGACUUUGUGCGCCGCCUCACUGUCCAAUUCGACAUCAACCGUGAUGUAACCCAGGUGGCGCUGGUCACCUAUGGCAGGAAAGCCACCACAGUCUUCAACCUCGAUACCCACGAGACGGGCUCUGCCAUCUUAAAGGCAGCUGGUGAGGCUAACUACAUUGGCGGGGUGGCAUCGACGGGCACCGCCCUCCUCCACGUGUACGCGGACGUUCUCACUGCGGCCAGAGGCGCACGGCCCGGGGUCAACAAGGCUGUGGUAGUGGUGACGGAUGGUUCAGGCAGCAAUGACGCUCUUGUGCCGGCAGAGAAGUUGCGACACAACGGAGUGUCGCUGUUUGUCAUUGGCAUCGGGGACGUGCAGAGGGACAGCCUGCUGCAGAUGGUCAGUUUAGAGGAGCACUUGAUCUCAGUGCCAUCUUACGAGGACCUCAAGUACUUUGAGGACGUGGUAGUGCAGAUGUUAUGCUCAGAGGUGAAAAAGCCUGUCAACCUUUGCAAGCCCAACCCUUGCAUGAAUGAUGGAGUGUGCCUCUUGUCAGGAGGAAGUUUCCACUGUCAGUGUCGAGGCUUUGAAGGACCUCACUGUGAAACACGAAACACCAGGUUGUCGAUUAAGGGAGGUCCUCAGAUACCUGCUGGUCUGAAGAGCAGAAGGCAGAAGAAGAGUCACCAGGAGCUCAUUCAUCACUACAAGGUGCACAGCAGGAGACAUGCAGCCUAAAAGUGCACAUUUUUGCAGUACGAUACAAGUACAUCUACUUAUUAUGGACGCUUGCAGGUGAACGAGUCAGUCAUGUCUCAUUUAAAUGGGGUUAAUAGUGCUACAUUUUGUAUUUUGGGCGUUUUCUCAAUUUGAACUGUUAGUAGUUUGAUUACACUUUAUACUCACAUUUUUUCAUUUGUUAUGUACUUGUUAUAUCACAUUAUGGGAGGUUUAUAAAAGACAAUAUAGACUACGUUUACACUGCAGGCCAGAGUGGGCCAAAUCGGAUUUUUUCCAGCUGACUUUUUACACUGCAAGUAUAAAGCGCACAGGCCCCAAUGUGGCCUCAAUGACACUUGCAUGCGCAGUUCGAUAAAGUGAAAACAAAGGAAGUUGACCAGAUUCCGUAAAUAAACAAGCAAGUUGCUACUACUACCACAAAAUAAAAUAAAAGUCGCCAGAGCUUAAAAAUAAGUGUUUUUUAUAUGAAAAUGAAUUUAAGGAAUACAAUGUAUGAAUGGAUAUAUAGUGUAAUAUAUUUGGGAAGGUUGUAAUCUUUUUGUGGCUGUUAGAGGAGGCACAGACAUCAGCGUGGAUGUAUGUUAGCUUUAUUUUUCAACUCACUUAUGUAAACAACGUAGAGAAUGGACGUAACAUGUAAGCAAAUACAACACGGCGUCAAUUCCUGUCCUUCAACAAUCGCUAUUUGGUCGGAAUAAAAAAAUAUAUACAUAUAUACACAGUAUAUAGGUAUGUGUAUAAUAUAUAUAUAUAUAUAUAUAUAUAUAUAUAUAUAUAUAUAUAUAUAUAUAUAUAUAUAUCUAUAUCGGUAUAUAGCAGGGGUCGGAAACCUUUACCACUCAAAGAGCCAUUUUGACCCGUUUCACAAAAUAAAGAAAACAAUGGGAGCCACAAAACUCUUUUGAAAUUAAAAAUUAAAUAACACAGCGCACAAAUUUUUUUUUUGCUUUGUGCUAUGUAUAAACCAGCGGUCUCAGACACGCGCCCUGCACCUUUAUAUGAAAAUGUAAUAUUAGUGCGGGCCGCGAGUUUUAAUUGAAUGCCGAUUGACAUCACAAUUGCCAACCAUCCCAAUUUAUCCGGGAGACUCCCAGAUUUCAGGGCAACUGUUCUCUCGAAUGUCUGCUGAUUUUCACCCAAACAACAAUAUUAAGGGCGUGCUGUGAUGACAUUGCGCUUAACACCCUAUACAAACGUAACAAACAGCUUGUCAGGCCAUUUACAUAUUGUAUGUGGCUUCUGCAGACACAUGUAAGUGACCGCAAGGCAUAGUUGUUCAACAGCCAUACAGGUCACACUGAGGGUGGCCGAAUAAACAACUCUUCCGGGCUACAUUAUACAAACUCCCCGCCCCCUUGAACCCGCCCACCUCAACCGACGCACGGAGGAGGGGGGUGGUAGUGGGGGUGUAUAAUGUAGCCCGAAAAAGUUAAGGAUGCAUGGGAUUCUGGGUAUUUGUUCUGUUGUGUUACAGUGCGGAUGUUCUCCCGAAAUGUGUUUGUCAUUCUUGUUUGGUGUUGGUUCACAGUGUGGCGCAUAUUAGUAAGAGUGUUAAGGUUGUUUAUAACACAACCCUCAGUGUAACCUGUAUGGCUGUUGAGCAAGUAUGCCUUGCAGUCACUUGAGCGUGGUAAUGGCAGCCGCACACUACACGUGCCGGCCGGCACUUAGUUAGCAUUUCAUGAAGGCGCAUGCGACGGCGUGUUCUACAGAGUGUUAAUGUUAUUGUCAUCCCGUCAGCCCUCAACAUUGUUGUCCGGAUGGAAAUCUGAGAAUAUUAUCCUUGGGAGAUUUCAGGGAGAGGCAUUGAAAUCCGGAAACCUCCCGGAAAAAUGGGGGGUCGGCAAGUAUGCAGCUGAGCCAUAUCAGAGUCAUCAAAGAGCCGCAUGCGGCUCCGGAGCCGCGGGCUGCCGACCCCUGGUCUAUAGGUUUGUGUAUAAAUCUGUGUGUAUAUGUGUGUGUGUAUAAAUAUGUAUGUAUGUAUGUGUAUAUGUAUAUAUGUGUGUGUGUGUGUAUAUAUAUAUUACAUAUAGACUAUUAUUUGCACACUAUUUACUAGUGAUGCACCAAAAAUUUGGGUGCCAAAAAAAGACACGGAAAUUGUAUGUUUUGAUGACGUAUCCGCUUCCGCUGGCGGGCUGCGUCUUUCCCCGCGCAAACAAAUGAUAUUGCCUAACUUAAGAUUUGUGUCACAUUUCCGUUUUGACUGAAAUCACAUUUGAUAAGAUAAGAUUUUUGUCGGAUUCAGACUACCUACCGAUGUGAUCGAAUGAGAUGCAAAAAGAUCAGAUUUAAUGCACUUAGGAGCGUUAAGACUGGCGAAAAAUGUCGGAUCUGUGUCACUUUAGGGCAUAAAAUUCUGAUUUUGUAUGCAGUGUAAACAGGGCCAUAGACUCAAUAUUUUUUAUCAGGCACACGCUGAAUAUUAUAUAUUAUUUUUGUAAAAGUCACAUUUUUGUUACAGCUAUUGUUUAUGAUCCUGUUGUGUAAGCAGUACUGAUAAAAUACACUUGUCAUCUUUUUAUUAAGAGUAAAGUGAGCUAAUGUUUGCAGCCACUUUGUUUUAUCAUGUCUGAUUUCUUUCUUUAACCCUAAAAAAAAACUAAUGGGCCCUAAUGACAAAAAAUGUAAGCCUCCCAAAAAAUUAAAAAAUAAAACCUUUCACUUCAAA